GUCGGGACGAAUAUCAAGCUGCCACAGCUUCAUCUAGACUUGCCCAAGAAAAAGACGAAGACCACUUUCGAGGUGCUCUUUUUCAACCUGCCACCAGAAAUUCGAGACCAAAUCAUCAGGCUGCUGCCUUUUCGCUCUGCGAUGAAUCUUCGGCAGGUGUCGACCAAAUGGCGCGCUGCUGUCUCCUCGAACGCAUCCGCCAUCUCCAAGCUAUUCCUUGUUCGAAACCCUCUUCCGUCCCUUGCCCAAACGCUAUACCCAAAUUUGAACCAGGACAUGCAGUAUAUUCAAGAGGUUGGCCAUCGCCAUGGCGUGGCGUCGAGGUUGGCGGCACACAUAGCCAAAUGGCUUAGUCAGGAGUUCUAUCUACACAAGUCUAGGGAACAACAACAUCACUUCCAGUCGACAAAGCGGCACAUACAACAGCGUCUCGUCCCGUCACUUUUCGCGGCAUUUCACUUUUUCGAGAUGUAUCCGAAGCAUCUACUUCAGCAUAACCGCUCGCAUGAGCGGCAUGACAGCCUUCUACGGCGCCACGAUGUUGCAGAAUUCCAGUUUGAGCGCGCAAGCAUGGAAUUUUAUAGCAAUGAUAUCUUACUACAGACGCACGAGAUUUUUGACAUAAUAAUCAAUUUUGUGCGCCGGUUGCUUAGCCCGCCUUCGUACUACGGCUUCUGGGAGAGGUCGCUUCGUGGUUAUCUGAAGAAAGCACCGCGAGAUCAAGUGUAUGCUGCGAUACUCUGCCUAGGUGGUUUGGACGUCGUAGUUCAGCUUGCAAAUAUUUCAGAUGUCAUGCAGAGGAGAUCAGCCGUGGAUAGAUUCUACGCUUCCCUGCCAAGGACCAAAAAGUCGACUCCAGCAGUACAGAGCACUUUCAGGGCAGAGGUAUCAAGGCUAUUCCAUCACAAAGCAAAGCCAGCGGCGGGGUCCGAUAAAACCGGCAGUAUUGUGCCUAUGAGAGGCUUAGGCGAGGACGACUUGCGGUUAUUGCUACCGCUGUUGCCGGCACUGAACGAUAGCUGGCAUCAUACAGCGGAGGCAUUGUUGUUGGAGAAGAUGGUUGUUGGUAGCAGGGGAGACAUCAAGAAUUAUACACAGAUGUUGACGGAGUUGAUC